AUGAUACUUGUAAAAGUAGCGAAAUAUUUUGAUUUCAUGAUUGUUGGAGUGACGGACGUGACUGAGCUAGAAACUGAUGAGAUAGAACUUGGUUAUGAGGUACCGGAUCACAGUGACUUUCGCGAAGACAAAAUACCAACAGUUGAAUUGCGAUUUGAUUCUUUGCAACUGACACAAGAAUUUUAUGCGACUUAUGCAAAGAAAGUUCGUUUCCUACCGCCGUGUUACCGCCGCUGUCGCAACUGCUUGAACCCCGAAGCCGCCUUCCCCAGUCACCGUCCACUUGCUCUUGUCACUCCAUCACUCUUGUCCACUGCCGUCUCCAUCACUCCGUCUCACUUGCCCUCGUCUCGCGUCGUUUCUCUUUCGCGCAGAGUCGCUUUUCCGCCGCGCCGGCUCUGUUCCACUCCACCACGCUCCAGCCAUCCGGUUCUCCAUCGCCUCUGUGCUAUAGAAGCUUCUACCGUCGCUGUCGCUGCCUCAACCUGCAUUCAGCACUGCCACCACUGCUUUUACCGCCGCCGCACCACACUUUCCGGUCCCUCUGCAUUGUUGUGCUUCGUCUCUGCCCCUGCGAACUACUCAGUCUCACACUCUCCUCCGCUUCUCCAGAACCGCUCAAUUCCGUCCAGAGUUCUCAACCCUCAGUCAGAUUCAGUCUCUCUCCACUCUCCUCCGAGGUUUGAGAAGAUGAAGCACAAGGCUGAGGCUGAAGCUAAGGUUCUCCCUCUCGAAUUGGUGGAGAAAAUCCUAUUAUGGUUGCCGGUAAAAUCCCUAAUUCGGUUCAGGUGCGUCUCUAAAAAAUGGCUUUCUCUGGUUUCUGAUUCACGUUUUGCAAAAUUGCAUUACGACACUGCUGAUGCCGCACCCACCAAUAAGAACACUAGGCUUCUGUACUUGUCGAGUGAGCUUCCCGAAGCUUGUUGUGUAGAUCUGGAAGCUUCGAUUUGCGGCGAUUACGCGCUUCAGCUUCCUCUAAGUUGUCGUCAUUUCAGCCUUAGUAUUCUAGGUUCAUGCAGGGGCUUCAUACUGUUGCGCAUUCAUGUUCAUGGUGCUCCGCUCCUUCUGUGGAACCCUGUAACGGGUUCUCACAGAUCAGUGCCGUACCCUGUUGCUGACUCUGAUGCUCCUUAUUGGAUGGGUUUUGGCUCGUCAAAUAAUUAAUGGGGUGGUCUUGGCUAUGAAGAAUCUAGUGAUGAUUAUUUAGUAGUAGUAGGAUGAGGUGAUGGACAUGAAUGGAGACCUCAGUGGGAGUAUUUCUCUGUUCGAACCAAUUCCUGGAAAAAAAUUGAGUCUGGCCAUCUUCCUCCCCAUUUGGUUACUGUUGAUCGUGCACUGUUUUGUAACGGGGUUCUUUAUUGGUUGGCCGUUAAAGAUAUGGGAGUGAAUUUUGUGAUUGUUGCCUUUGACUUAGCCGGAAAGCAUCUAUCAAUGGUGUCAUUUCCAAUGUCAAGCAGUUCCCGUCCGCAGUUAAAGCUGUUUGCUGGAUGCUUUGGGAUAUCUUACUUGAACUUCACGGAAGACCAGAAGACUGAGAUCUGCGUAAUGAAAGAAUUAUCUUGGACUAAGCUCAAUGUUGUGCUUCCUUAUGCUCAUGGAAUCCACCCUUUGUGUUUCACUAAAGGUGAACUUGUUGGCACCAAAAACAAUGAGUUAGUCAAAGUCAGUGAUAAAGGUGUAUCAGUGGAGUCUCUAAGAAUUAGUUGUCGUGACAAUGACUUGAAGAUGGUUUUGUUUACUGAGAGUUUACUGUCACUUCCGGACGAGUUUGGCGGCACAGGGGAAGAACAAGGAAAGUAGGGCAUGUCAUGUUCUGAAAACCUUCUAAGGCAAGUUAUUCUGUUGUUAUUUGGUCAUACUUAAACAUUUCUCUUGGAAUUCUCUUGGGAACUCAUUAUCGGGUUUAGUCCUUUUUGUGUUUUGGCAUUUAUAAUGGGUAAUGGCUAAACACAUUAUACAAUUGAUUUAAUUCUA